AUGGAGGAGCAUUUGCGUCACAGUUUGUCCAACCACCCCCACGUCUUUCAGAAUCUACACCAUAGUAGCUCCAACCGCUCGGACAGGAUGACACCCGUCAAUGAGGGGACGACUACCGCCCUCGAACACGAACUGACCACGAUGCAACAACAUCGCAAUGGCAGCUCCAGUGACGAGGAAGGUGCCCCUCCUCCACGCUACACCUCCGAAAAUGAUCCAUUUCGCCUCGCCUCGAAACUCAAGACCGAAGACGAGAUUCGGCAGAUGAAAGCCAACACCUCCCGGAAACGUGAUUCCACUAAAAACACCAAAGGUCACAAAGUCGCAGCCAUCGUGCAAGAUACGGCCCGUCUCGGCAAGCAAGCCUUCAUCACAAAAAAGCUGCAAGGCUUCUACGAGUCCCAGAAUGAAAACAUUGAACGCAUGCUCAAGCCCGUCGAGGAGCACCGCCGAGCCGCCCGUGAGCUGAAUGUCGACAACCGUCUCAAGUACCGUAUCGCCGUAUACGGCUCCUUUGCUGCAAACAUUAUCCUCGCCGUCAUCCAGGUUUAUGGCGCCGUUUCAUCCGGCUCCCUCUCCCUCUUCACCACAAUGGCCGACGCCAUCUUCGACCCCAUGUCCAACCUGACGCUCCUUCUGUGCAACAAGGCCGUCAACCGCGUCGAUCCGCGUAAGUUCCCAGCAGGAAAAGCCCGUCUCGAAACAGCAGGCAAUAUUUGCUUCUGUUUCCUCAUGACUGCUGUCUCUUUCAUCUUGAUUGCGUUCUCGGUCCGCGAGCUGGCGGUCGGCUCCGAGGAAGAAACUCAAUCUUUCCAUCUUCCCUCUGUCAUUGCCGUCGCCGUCGCGUUUGCUACCAAGCUCGCCCUCUUCUUGUACUGCUGGGCCCUCCGCAACCAGGUUUCGCAGAUUCGCAUCUUGUGGGAAGAUCACCGUAAUGACCUGUUCAUCAACGGAUUCGGUAUUCUCACUUCUGUCGGUGGCAGUAAGCUGCGUUGGUGGAUUGAUCCCAUGGGUGCUAUCAUUCUCUCGGUCCUGGUCAGCGGUCUGUGGCUGCACUCUGCCUACGGCGAGUUCCAGUUGCUGGUCGGUGUCACCGCGGAUACAAAGAUGCAACAACUCAUCACAUAUAUCUCAAUGACCCACUCCCCUCUCAUCACAGCCAUCGACACCGUCCGCGCUUACACAUCCGGUCCUCGUCUGCUUGUCGAGGUCGAUGUCGUCAUGGACGCGGAUGCAACACUACGCGCUACCCACGAUGUGGCGGAAGAACUCCAGAUCAAGCUUGAGUCUCUGCCUGACGUCGAGCGUGCGUAUGUGCAUGUCGACUACGAGACAACUCACAAGCCCGAGCACUCUCUGAAGAAGGAGCUAUAG